AUUGCUAAGAGUAGGUUGGCACUUGGCAGGGAGCCCAAGACCAGAGGUGGAGAGGAGAGGAUUUUCCAUUUUCAUUAUAUAAAUUAAUAAUCUAAUCUAAUCUAAUUAAUCAUCCAAAGAGCGCAGAAAGAGAAGAGAAGAUGAGUGCGAUGGCGAGGGCGAGUGCGAGUGCGAGUGCAGCAGCAGCACACAACGUAUUCGUAUAUGGAAGCCUAGUGGCAGAUGAUGUGGUUCGCGUCCUCUUGAAUCGAGUCCCCCUUUCCUCCGCUGCUCUUCUGAAUGGCUUCCAUAGAUUUAGCAUUAAAGGACGCGUGUAUCCGGCUAUCCUCCCUGUCCAAAACCAUCAAGUUAUUGGCAAGGUGUUGUUUGGAAUCACGGAUCCUGAAUUGCAUAUUCUGGAUGAGUUUGAGGAUGUUGAGUACCAAAGGUCUCUCGUUGAGGUCUCCUUGCUGGAAAGUUCCGACAAAUUGCAAGCUCACGCUUAUGUCUGGUCCAACGCCAAUGAUCCCAACUUGUAUGGACACUGGGACUUUGAGGAAUGGGAAGGAGCUCAUAAGGAAAGCUUUAUGAAGAUGACCAGUGGAUUUAUGGAAGAACUGGAGCUGCCUGAAUCAAAGCCAAGAGUGGCCACUUAUGAAUCCUUCUAUCACCAAGAUGCUGAAAAGUGACAUGCAUUCUUUUUUCCGGAUGUAAGGAUAUUCUAUUGUCCUCCAUUGCUGCUGGCUAUUGUAGUUUGUUUUGCUUUUGAAUGAAUAAUGCAAACGGAAGAUAUAUUUGACCA